UUUUUUUUCUUGAAUGAAUAAGGUUGAUGAAAUUAACAAGACAAAGAAUAAAUGACUUGAAAAAAGUAUUCAAUCAAAUAGAUAAAGAUGAUACGGAAUUAUUAGACAAAACUGGACUUGAGGAAGCUUUGAAUUCACUGGGCUAUGAACACGUAGAUGUAGAUCAUCUUUUAAAACAAGUAGACCGUGAAGACUUUGUUAUAUUUGAAGAUUUUAAAGAUAUUAUAUUGUAUUUGGAGCAAAAAAAUCAAGUCGAUCAAAAUGAACAAGAUAUAGGUCGUGCAUUCCAGUUAUUAGCAGAUCCUCAGUUAGGAGGUAUUACCCUGAACCGAUUACAAGAACUGGCCAAAGCUCAAGGACAAGAAUGGACAAGAAAAGAAAUGGAAGAAAUGAUCACCAUUGGGGAUUGGGAUCAUGAUGGAUUGGUGACACAAGAUGAUUUUAUACGGAUUUGGCACCAUGCUGGACUUUAGUAAUAGAUAGAUUUAUAAUUAAUAAAAAUAAAUUCGUUAGAGUUUAUAGAAUUUUAGAUUAAAGAAAUUGAAUAAAACUCUGUAAGGUUGAGCUUAGAUCACUUUUUGGUGAGAUCAACUGCGUUCAUUUAU